AUGGGUGCCGCAGUCGGAGAUCAGGCUGCGCUAUCGAGCGGCAGUAGUCCGAAAGACUCGGGAAUGGAAGACACAAAAGCACAACAUAAGGUCCAGAGAGCGCCAACUGCAGCGCCGGCAAUGGUGGAGACGAAGGAGGCGGGAACCAUUGGGAGGGUCGGCUUGAAGAAGAAGGAUGGGGAGGGCAAGCAGGAGUGGAAUACGAAGAACUUGGGCAGUAGACUGACGACGGACGGGAUGUGUGCGUUGGCGGCUGGAGGGUUGGUUGCGCCGUUAAUCACGGUCAUCGAUAAAGCAAUCAUCGAAAAUGCCUCUGGAAAACGCCCCAUGGCCGAGUCCUUCCGCGCCUCCCUCUCCACCCUCCUCCUCCGCCCACACAAAUUCCUCGUUUCGCGCCCCUUCCGCCUAAUCCUCAUGCUGUAUGGCGGAACCUACCUCACAGCCAACACCCUCGACACCUUCAAAUCCUCCAUCCACAACCGCCCCGCCUCCUCAACCACAACAGGCACAUCCAAGUUCGCCGCCACCUCCGCUGCGAACAUCUCCCUUUGCGUCUACAAAGACUCCCAAUUCGCCCAAAUGUUCGGCACCGUCUCUCCCCGUCCGAUUCCACCUGUUAGCUACGCCCUCUUCGCCGCGCGCGACAGCCUGACGGUCUUCGCGUCCUUCAACUUACCCUCUGUUAUCGCCCCACAAUUGCCGAUGGGCGAGGCUGCUGAGAAGUACGUGAGCCGAGCCUCAGCAGCGCAGUUUCUAGCCCCGGCCGCGAUCCAGUUGAUCAGCACGCCGAUGCAUUUGCUGGGGCUGGACCUGUAUAACCGAAAUGGCGGGACGACUUUUGCAGAGCGAAUGGCGAAGGUGCGGGUGGAUUGGUUGAAGAGUAGUGUGGCGCGGAUGUGUAGGAUUGUGCCGGCUUUUGGCGUGGGUGGGGUGGUGAAUAAUGGGUUGAGGAGGCGGUUUAUGGAGAAGUUGGAAUAG